AUGGUGUCCUCUCAGUCGGAGAAGGGUCGGCGCUGUGCUGAGAAAAAGUACUGGAAACCAUGUCUUUGCCACAAACCUGCAAAGAUUGCGGAGAUGAUCUGCGCGACAGGCGAGGUGUUUGUGAAAUGCGACAAGUAUGGUUGGCCAGAGAUGACGUGGGGAAGGAGGCAGUUGUGGUAUGGGCAUCUGAUGGAGAGAACAUCAGACGAGGCACUGGUCAGAAUCCUGCUUAUGGUGGAGCCUCGUGAAGGGAGGCACGAGAAGGCGCCGUGGGCCUUCGAUUACGAUGGACACGUAUAUGAGGAAUACCAACACAUCGAAAUCCUUGCGAGACAAAGAGGGUUUGGGACUGGGACAGUGAUACUUCGAGUCGAUGACUCGUGGUGGGAUAAGAAGCCUUUGGAGUGA